GUUUUGUUUCUCAGAUCGAGCGUUCGGAAAUGGAGUGUUCAGCCUUGGGCUUUUCUCGUGUACGUUGAGAACCUUUAAAUUGACAACUCGCUAAAAUGCGUUCUUUUCAUCAAAGUAAGCGGUCAGAUGAUAAGUGAUACGCUAUGGAAGAAAGGUGAGAUAUUUUUAUUAAGAAUUUGACGUAUUGUUUUAUUCCUUAGAGCGGUCGUAAAUAUUCCCAUACAAACUCUUAUAAUUCCUCCAUCACUAUUAUUGCGCAAGAUGAUCAUCUCUCAGGUGAAGCUUGGGCCGCCUGUGGACAGCCUUAACAUAUAUUUGUGACGUCUUUAGAUUCUUUGUGCAAUCUCUUGGCUUUCAAGUCAAUUAAUGCUUUGGCCUGACUUGAAAGAUACUGAACCAUCCCCGUUACGAGAUUAUGCAUUGUAACAGAAUUUCACCUCUCAUCUCCUCUUCCCCUUCAACUUCCCCUACCGAUUCCCUUUCCCGUUCCCCUUCCCCUGCCCCCUUCCCACCGUCUAUAGGGGUUUCCAUGGUAAAGUGUAAGGAGAUAGUUUCGAAACCAGCCAACUGCAUCUAAUUAUUUUCUCACAUCGAAUAGACGCCUUUGAAAUUGUGAAAGGACAAUGGCCUCCAAGAAAUUUUUAUGCUUUAUUUUCGUCUGUUUCUUUGCCUUGGGAGGUGCUACCUACUGUACCUACGACAGUGAUUGUUCCUAUCUUCAGUCCUGUUGUACAGAUAAAGUCUGCAGACAGCGUUGUUAUGUCUGUUCGUACGACUACCAAUGUGGAUCGAGCAAGAAAUGCUGUAAUGGCAAAUGCAUCAGUACUUUGUCUUCUUGUUCCUGUUCGUACAACUACCAAUGUGCAUCGAGCAAGAAAUGCUGUAAUGGAAAAUGCAUCAGUAGUUUUUCUUCUUGUUCCUGUUCGUACGAUUUCCAAUGUGGAUCGGGCAACAAAUGCUGUAAUAGCAAAUGCAUCAGUAGUUCGUCAUCUUGUUCCUGUUCACACAACUACCAAUGUGACAGUGGCGAGCAAUGCUGUAAUAGCAAAUGCAUCAGUAGUUGGUCCUCUUGUUCCUGUUCGUACGACUACCAAUGUGACAGUGGCGAGCAGUGCUGUAAAAGCAAAUGCAUUAGUAAAUCGUCUUCUUGUAACUGUUCGUCCGACGACCAGUGUGACAUUGGAGAGGAUUGUUGUGGAGGAGUUUGUUCCUCAUACUGUGGUUGGAGUGGUGGAGCUAUUGCAGGGGCUGUUAUCGGCACGAUUAUUUUCUUUGCCAUCAUAAUUUCCAUCGCAUCCUGUUGCUGCUGUGCUUGUUGCCCAUACUACCGCUACCGUACACCUGGUACUGUGGUCGUCACCGGCCAACAGCGGCAACAACAAAUAGUCUCAACCCACAUGAUGACGACGCAACAAGUACAUGCUCCUCCGCCGGUGAACUACAAUCAGCCUCCCUUAGCAAGUCACAGCCAGCCUCCUCCAAAUGGAUACGACCAGACUCUUCCUCCUCCGUCUUACUCAAGUUGUCCACCACCACCAAACCAAUAUUCUCCGCCGCUUAGACAAGCUAAAGUGGCGCCGAUGCCAGCUGUGGUAGACACCUAA